AUCCCCCUUUCUCCUUCCCUUCAAUCUUUCCCCAUUCCCCUCCCUACAUCUUUAUCCCCAGGUUCAUGUGUUCUGUAUUUAAACCUACUGUGUCUACUCAGUGCUGCCUGCGUGGGUAUGGGAUCAUCGCCUGGAGUACAAGUAGCCUCUCAUGGACCAGCUAGCUCGAAGAGGAAAACGGAUUCUCCCUCUUCCAGUGGGCUCCUAAGUCUGUUUUGAACUUCUUUUUGACAGAAUAUUUAGACCUUUGACUCAAGAAUACCUCAGUAGUAUAAGGAGGGUUAGUUUGGCCAGGGAACCUUUCCUGGCUAGCAAAGAGUGAAGAAAAAAUUCUCCUUAGGCCAGUUAAGGCCUCAUUUGACAUGAAAUGCAAGUGUGUGCCAAUAGAUAGCUCAGGGGUAAUAGUGCUUGCUGCCAAACCUGAAAGACUUGAAUUUCACAUCACACACACACACACACACACACACACACACACACACCAUAGUGGAAAACGAGAACCCCACUCCUGCAGGAUUUCCUCUGAUCUCAUUGUGUGCAUGCAUAGAAAAGAACUCUGAACUUAAGUUGCAGGAAUUAUGUAGCCCCUUGUAAAUAUCUAAAUACCCCAAAUAGGAGACAUGGGUUGACCCUGUGACUCAUGAUUCUCACCUAGGCUGUAUCUGGAAUUAAAUACAAGCAGCUGGAGCACCUGUGAGAUAUUUUAUUUUCUUAAUUAAAUCAUUUGAAAUGGAAUGGUCCACUUUUAAUUUGGAUCUUUUGAGGUGGGAAGAUCCAGCUUUAAUCUGGGCUACACCUGGGGACAGCCUAUAUUAAGGACAUGGAAGAAGGAAGCUCUCUUUGCCUGCUUGCUGUCUGGCUGGCAAGUCCUUUACUCUACUGUCAUUAGAGCCUGCUUCUUGGGGAUUCUGAUGCAUUGUGAAGACCAGCAGAGACAUCAGCCCUGUGGACUGAACUCUGCCUACUAGAUUCUUAGGGUUUCCAUUGGUAGACACCCAUUGUUGGGUAGCAUGACCACUACCAGUAAGCCUCUCAAAUUAUAUAUUCAUAACAUCUAGUGCAAUAUCUUUUUUGGUUUGGUCAGAGAACUCUUUACUAACACAGACCCCUUUGAAAUAAUUUUGACUGCCUUAUGCCUGCUGGCAUUUCUAAGCUCUUUAUUUCUGUAUUAGAUAGUGAAUAUUAUGGAGAUUUGAGUAAAUUAUUUAAUGCAUUCAGGUAUAUAUGGAAACUGACAAGUGUCAUUCAUGUGCAGGUGUAAAGGACAAGGCUUUCACCAUCUGACAAAAGUCUCUUAUGCCUUUUAACCAGCAGACUAAGAUACAUCAGAGCUUUUAGAAGAUAUGCACUGUUACUAAAAUAAUGGGCCCUUUGGAUUCACCUUGGCCAUCAAGAACUAGGCAACUUUGUCCAAGAUCACAAGUCUAUACAACCUUUUCUCCACCUUUCUUUCUCUCUCUCUCUCUCUCUCUCUCUCUCUCUCCUCCCUUCCUUCCUUCCUUCCUUCCUUCCUUCCUUCCUUCCUUUCUUUCUUUCUUUCUUUCUUUCUUUCUUUCUUUCUUUCUUUCUUUCUAACUUCUUCACCUCCCCCCCACCCGAAAAAUUCUUUAACCUAGAAAUUUUAACAAAAAUCUUCCCUUUUCAUUUGUAGAAAGAAGGGCUGAAUAUUACUCUUAUCCUAUUUUAUUCUUACUCUGUUCCUAUGUGGUGGUCUCACCUUCACAAAGGAGGUUUGCCCCAGCUACACCAAACCCCACAAUCCUAGCACAACCCAAAUAUCUGUUGUUUCAACAUUCCAAACCCUGGCUGUCUUAACUAAUUUCGAGCCGAACCUGAUCUAGCGACAUUCUCCCAGUACAAAUAUCUGCUAGACUUCUGUCUUAGGUUUUAUUGCUGUGAAGAGGCACUAUCACCAUGGCAACUCUUUUAAAGGAAAAAAAGUAAUUUGGAUUGGCUUGCAGUGUGUUUAGGCCUUUCUUUUUGAUUUGUGCUGGUUUCUUCUCUCCAGACUUCUAGCUCAAGUCUUUUCUUCAUAGUAAGCAACCCAGCUAUGUGAAGAGCUUUGUGUGGUAUUUUAAAUAGAGGACACAAAGGGAUCAAGCACACACCAGAAAGUCAUGAAAUUACCUUAAACUGCAAAUCCGUGAAGCAACCAUAGAUGAAAGCCUUGUCUGACUCAAAGCAGAGCUGCAUAAGUUCUGUUCUCACAAACCCCUCAGAGAUCUCCACACAGGGAAACAACUGGCUGAUUAACACUUAGAUUCUAAAGGGUUUGAAAAUGAGCCAGAUCAGAACUGUCCCUACUUGCCCUCUAAGGCCUUAGCUGGUAUGGAAAACCUGCAAGCUCUUCAAGGAGCCACUCCUUGAAGGCUGCUCCCACUCAUUCUUUCCCUGGUAGUGAGCUGCUGCUAUCUUAUGCCAAUUUGCAGACCCAAGAGCGCUCAAACCCAAGUUGGAAGAGGAGAAGUUAUUUUCCGAACAUGACCAGGCUGAUUGUCUGGUAAAACUGUUAGUAUUCUCUGCAGAAGUUGGGAAUACAACGUUGUGUUUAAUUACUAGGCCUGUACUCACUUGCAGUAACUAUCAGAAGUUUCACUUAUUGGGAGACUUGAAUAGGAUAGAGAGACUUCCUGGCUUAUCUCUGCUUGCAAAGCUUUAUGUUUCUUCCCCUCACUCUGUUCAGUUGACGUCCUGGGAGUGGGAAGAGGCUGAGACAACAGCUUUGCUUCGGUAUUCUCCCUGUGUGUUUCCACUUACGCUGCAGAAUCACAAGAAGGGAGAUCAUGUGUUAAAUUCCAACCACCGUAAAAAACGGAGGGUGGUUGUAAGUGCGUACUGCAGCAUAUAAAUAUUUGUCUUCAGAAUACUUUGUAGUAAUAUUCUUUAAGUAUGAUCAGGUUUGGAGUAAACAAUUAAAAUGUCCAGAUUUUUAGAAAUGUUCAUUUCUUGGACUGCUGAGACUGUUCAGAAGGUAGAAGUGUUUAUCGCUAAGCCUACAACCUGAGCUUGAUCCUGCGACUCAUGAUGGAAGGAAGGAAGUGCCAUUCGUGUUCUCUCACGUCCACAUGUGCAGUGUGGCACACAUACAUAGACACACGCACAUAUGCAUAUCCACACACAAUAAAUGAGUGCAAUAAAAAAUGUUAAGCAUUGUGGUUUGGAUGAUUCAUCAAAACUCAUUUUGGAUUUAAUCCCCAUUGUGAGGUAUUAAGAGAUGGAACGGGAGAGAAUUUAAGAGAUAAUUAGGUCACAAAGGCACGGAUCUCAUGAAUGGGUUGACCCAUUAAUAGAUUAAAUGAGUGUCCUGGAAUAACUGACUAUGCCAGUUUGUGUUUGCCUUCUUUGUGCUCCCCUCUCACCAUGUAAUCUCCUUUGCCACCUCAGAACUCUGAGGGUCUAAGCAGCAUGAAGCUCUUUACCAGAGGCAGCCCCUUGUCCUUGAAUCUCUACCUUUGGAACUGUGAACUGGAUUCUGACGGCACCAUCACUAUAGAAGAGCAGAUUGUUCUUGUUAUGAAGGCUAAAAUGCAGUGUGAACUUAACAUCACAGCCCAGCUCCAAGAAGGAGAAGGCAAUUGCUUCCCAGAAUGGGAUGGGAUCAUUUGUUGGCCCAGAGGAACAGUGGGGAAAAUGUCAGCUGUGCCUUGCCCUCCGUAUGUUUACGACUUCAAUCAUAAAGGAGUUGCUUUCCGGCACUGCACCCCCAAUGGGACGUGGGAUUCUAUUCAUGGCUCAAAUAAAACCUGGGCUAACUAUUCAGACUGCUUUCUGCAGCCUGAUAUCAACAUAGGAAAGCAAGAGUUCUUUGAAAGCCUCUACAUCCUGUACACUGUUGGCUACUCCAUCUCUUUUGGCUCCUUGGCUGUAGCCAUUCUCAUUAUUGGCUACUUCAGGCGAUUGCAUUGCACGAGGAACUAUAUCCAUUUGCAUUUGUUCGUGUCCUUCAUGCUGAGAGCCAUGAGCAUCUUUGUCAAGGACAGAGUAGCCCAGGCUCACCUGGGAGUAGAGGCACUGCAGUCUCUGGUGAUGCAGGGUGACCUUCAGAACUUCAUUGGAGGACCAUCUGUGGACAAAUCUCAGUAUGUGGGGUGCAAGAUCGCUGUCGUGAUGUUUAUUUAUUUCUUGGCUACAAACUAUUACUGGAUCCUGGUGGAAGGGCUCUACCUGCACAACUUAAUCUUUGUGUCUUUCUUUUCCGACACCAAAUACCUGUGGGGCUUCAUCUCGAUAGGCUGGGGAUUUCCAGCAGUAUUUGUUGUGGCCUGGGCAGUGGCACGAGCCACUCUGGCGGAUACCAGGUGUUGGGAACUUAGUGCUGGAGACAGGUGGAUUUACCAGGCUCCGAUCUUAGCUGCUAUUGGGCUGAAUUUUAUUCUGUUCCUGAAUACAGUUAGAGUUCUUGCUACCAAAAUUUGGGAAACCAAUGCGGUUGGGCAUGACAUGAGAAAGCAGUACAGGAAACUGGCUAAGUCAACACUGGUCCUGGUGCUGGUAUUUGGCGUGCAUUACAUCGUGUUUGUCUGCCAGCCGCACUCCUUCUCUGGGCUCUGGUGGGAGAUCCGCAUGCACUGUGAACUCUUCUUCAACUCCUUCCAGGGUUUCUUCGUGUCUAUUGUCUAUUGCUACUGCAAUGGAGAGGUGCAGGCUGAGGUGAAGAAGAUGUGGACUCGAUGGAAUCUGUCCAUCGACUGGAAAAGGGCGCCGCCUUGUGGCGGCCAAAGGUACGGCUCGGUGCUCACCACUGUCACUCACAGCACCAGCAGCCAGUCACAGAUGGGGGCAAGCACGCGCCUGGUGCUCAUCUCUGGCAAACCCACCAAGAAUGCCUGCAGACAGAUCGACAGCCAUGUGACUCUACCUGGCUAUGUCUGGAGUAGUUCUGAGCAGGACUGCCAAACACACUCGCCCCCCGAGGAGACUAAGGAAGGUCACAGGCGACAGGGAGAUGAUAGUCCAGUGAUGGAGUCUUCCAGGCCAGUGGCGUUCACCCUAGACACUGAAGGAUGCAAGGGAGAAACCCAUCCUAUCUGAAUCACCAUUUCCAUUUCCGUUCCUGUGGAUUGGCAGAUCUGGCUGUGUGGGAGGAUCUAAGAUGGAAGACUGGAAUCCUGGAAUAAGGCAUUGCUUAAACAUUUUCAGUUUCUACCAGUUGGCUUCUAAAAAUAUUAAACACACAAAAGGGUAUUAUUGGGGUAAUUUAUUAAUUUAUGUGGGCACUACCCCCCAAAUUAAUACUUUCUCUAUAGUUAUUACUAUUUUGCUUCUUUUGGAUAAGAAAAGUUUCAAAUGCCUGACUCUACCUUUCUCUCAUAAAUAUCACCCUGAAUAAGAUAAAGAUCGUUUAGUUUGCAUCAUUUUCCUUUUAAGAAAUCACUAAUCUUUAUAUUCUCAUUUUAAUGAACUUCUGUUAUCACAUUAAUUUUGUCUAUGUACCGCAACAAUCUAAGAAUGUACAUUGGAAAACUAAAAAAAUCUAAGAUCAACUACAUUGGGAAAUCAAUUGGACAUUAAUAAAACAAUGUGUUUCUGAUAGUUAUGAUUGAUUCCAGAAGAAAAGAAAACCAUUCUAUUCUCCCUUUGAAUGUCUUCUGUUUGGUGAGCCAAACAUGCCCUUCUCUCUCUCUCUCUCUCUCUCUCUCUCUCUUUCUCUCUCUCUCUCUCUGUAAACCAUGACAAGUCAAGGGUUUUCUCAGUCAGUGACCUUGUGUUCGAAAGCUGAGGCGAUGUGGCCUCAUUUACACGGAUGCCAACCCCACAGUGCAUCUUUUCUUUUCCUUUGUUUUUCUCUUGUUUGCUAUCUUACAGAUGGUAUGUGAGUUACAUUAAAAGUUUGUUUUAAAGAUAUA